CCUCUCCUCAGGCUGUGGCUACGAAGCCUCUCAGUUACCGUGUGGAGAGAUUUGACGGAGGGACGCUCUCGCGCAGGGACCAUCACUGCGCUGCAAUCCGCCUCCUGCUCGCACACGCCUGCAAUGCCUCGCUGAAUUCUGGACGUACACGGUGGAGAGAACACGCAUGUGAAGAUUUUAUUUUUGCAUGUCAGCAGAGGAGGUACUAGUGGCCGGGUCCACGGCUGUUUGUCUUUUCUGAUCGCUUCUCUCGCUUCCCCCAUGUCACUCUAAUUAAUCGGAGGCAUGUGGGAUCGCACCAGGAUUACGCAUUGCUUCCCAAUAGUGUGCCUGCUGUUGACGUUAUGGACGGGGGUGUCCCAGUCAACCGGCUAUUUCGAGCUGCAGCUGAUCUCCGUGGAGAAUGUAAACGGCGAGUUGGCGGACGGAGAGUGCUGCGACGGCUCCCGGAGCUCCCAGGACCUGCGCUGCACCCGAGACGAGUGCGACACUUACUUCAAAGUCUGCCUGAAGGAGUACCAGAUGGAGGUCACCGCCACCGGCACGUGCACGUUUGGAACUGGUUCUACUCGAGUUCUCGGUGGAAAUACAUUUUCUUUUAAGAGCGCAAAGAAUAACCCGAAUAAAAUCAGCGACGCUGGCAGGAUUCGGAUCCCCUUCCAGUUCGCGUGGCCGCGGACGUACACGUUGAUUGUAGAGGCUUGGGACUGGGACGACAACACCACACGCAGCAAUGACGAGCUGCUGAUUGAACGCAGCACUCGCACAGGCAUGAUCAACCCUGGUGACCAGUGGCAAACCAUCCUAAACGACGGCCCCGUGGCUCUCCUCCUCCGGGUGCGGUGUGACGAGAACUACUACGGCAACAAGUGCAAUAAGCUGUGUUCCCCCCGUGACGAUUUCGUCGGCCACUAUCGCUGUGAGCCUUCAGGAGCCCAGGUGUGCCUAGAUGGCUGGAUGGGCCCAGAGUGCAAGACAGCAAUUUGCAAGCAAGGCUGUCACCUGGUACAAGGCGGCUGCUCUCUCCCCGGGGAAUGCAAGUGCAAUUAUGGCUGGCAGGGCCAGUUCUGUGAUGACUGUGCCGUUUAUCCUGGCUGUGUCCACGGAACCUGCAACGUCCCCUGGCAGUGCAACUGUGAGAGGAACUGGGGUGGCCUCCUGUGUGAUAAAGAUCUGAAUUACUGUGGUCGCCAUCAGCCUUGUGUCAACGGAGGAACCUGCAUGAACACCGAACCGGAUGAGUACCAGUGCAAAUGUCCAGAGGGCUAUUCUGGCAAAAACUGUGAGAUAGCUGAGCAUGCCUGUGUCUCCAACCCCUGCACCAAUGGGGGAACAUGCCACAAGGUUCCUGCCGGAUUUGAGUGCCAGUGCCCACCAGGAUGGGGGGGUCCGACCUGUGCCACUAAUCUGGACGAGUGUGCGUCCAGUCCAUGUGCUCAAGGUGGGACUUGUAUCAACCUGGAGGAUGGCUUCGAGUGUGUGUGCCCUCCUCAGUGGGAAGGAAGGACCUGCCAGAUAGAUGCAAAUGAGUGUACUAGGAAACCCUGUGUGAACGCUUUCUCUUGCAAAAAUUUGAUCGGUGGAUACCACUGCGUCUGUUUUCGGGGAUGGUCCGGACAAAACUGUGACAUCAACAUCAGUGGCUGCCAUGGCCAAUGCCAGAAUGGAGCAACAUGCAAGGAGAGUACAAAGGGUUACCACUGCCAGUGUCCUCCCGGUUUCAUGGGCACUCACUGUGAAAUCCAGAGGAAUACAUGUAACAGCAGGCCAUGCCAGAACGGUGGCCGUUGCCACUCGGUGUCGAACGGCUUCGUCUGUAAAUGCUCCCCGGAGUUUUCUGGGCAGUUUUGUGAGAUCCUCACCUCGACCCCUUCAGACGCUUGUGAUCCAAACCCUUGUGAGAAUGAGGCCAAGUGCUACAGUAUGGGCCAAGACUUCUACUGUGCAUGUCCGGAAGGUUACGAGGGAAAAACUUGUGAACAGCUCAAGCCAAACUGCCAUACCACACCUUGUCAAGUGAUUGACAGCUGCACUGUUGCUGUAGCAACCAAUGACUCAUCUGGAGUGCAGCACAUCUCCUCCAACAUCUGCGGUCCACGAGGGCGCUGCAUCAGCCAGCCAUCUGGCAACUUUGCCUGCAUCUGUGAUCCAGGAUUCAGUGGCAUCUACUGUCACAAGAAUAUUAACGAUUGCGUCAGCAACCCCUGUAGAAAUGGAGGGACCUGCAUUGAUGGUGUGAACUCCUUUCAGUGCUUCUGUCCUGAUGGCUGGGAGGGUCGACUAUGUGACCUUAAUAUCGACGAGUGCAGACACAACCCCUGUAAGAAUGGCGGACGCUGCGUUGACCUAGUGAACGACUUCGUCUGCGAGUGUGCCGACAACUGGAAGGGCAAGACCUGCCAUUCCCGCGAAAGCCAGUGUGAUGCAACCACCUGCAGUAAUGGAGGAACAUGCUAUGACCAUGGAGAUACCUUCCACUGUGCAUGCCCACCUGCGUGGGGUGGAAAUGCGUGCAACACAGCCAAGAACAGCACAUGUGCCUCCAGUCCUUGUUCCAAUGGUGGCACCUGUGUAGGGGGAGGAGACGCCUUCACCUGCAUCUGCAAAGAGGGCUGGGAAGGUCCCACCUGUGGCCAGAAUAUAGAUGACUGCAACCCUCAUCCAUGUUACAAUGGUGGUAUCUGUGUGGACGGAAUCAACUGGUUUCGGUGUGAGUGCGCCCCUGGUUUUGCCGGACCAGACUGCCGAAUCAACAUAAAUGAGUGCCAGUCAUCACCCUGUGCCUACGGAGCCACCUGUGUGGAUGAGAUCAACGGUUUCCGAUGCAUCUGUCCACUUGGUAGAACUGGAGCCCGGUGCCAGGAGUUCAUAGGAAUUGGGAAAACUUGCCACUACACUGGACUGCAGUUUCCCCACGGCAGCCGCUGGGAGGAGGAGUGCAACAGCUGCUACUGCAUAGACGGCAAAGUGGACUGUACAAAGGUGCUGUGUGGUCGUCGUCCCUGCCAGCUCAGCCUAUCAGGCCAGGACCAGAGAGAACAGUCCUGCCCAGCUGGACAGAAGUGUCAGGAGCACAGCUACCUCACGUGCUUCUCCCCCCCAUGCCAUCAGUGGGGGGUUUGUUCCAUGACUGGGCCCUCACCUCCACAAGCAACCACCAAGUGCCAGCCAAACAGCGGGCAUCUGGAUAACAGCUGUGUCCGCAUAACACUUGUUUUCAACAGAGACAAAGUACCACCAGGAACAACAGUGGAGAACAUCUGCUAUGAGCUAAGGUGUCUUCCCGAUACCAGAAGUUUGGCGAAAGACCACGCCCUUCUCUUGCUCUGUGAAAACUCUCAUUCAAAUCAGGAUGCUAUAGAAGUAGCAAUGUCUUUCCAGCCAGAAGAUCUACAAGACCACAGUCUCAUCCAGGAGGCAGCCAGCACCAUAGUGGGCACCUUGUCUAAACGACACAACAGCACCGUAAUGCUGGCAGUCAUUGAGGUCAAAGUGGAAACAAAGGUUGUGUCCCACUCAGUGGAUUACCUGGUGCCUCUUCUGUGCGUCGUCUUCUGCUUGCUCUGCCUCUUCUGUAUCAUUGUAUGCGUUUGGUGGACUCGCAAACGGAGAAAAGAGCGUGAGAGGAACACGCGAUCCAACCCAGACGACAACGUGAACAACCAGUGUGAGCCGCUCCGGUCCGUCGUGGGAUGUCGGCGGCAGCAGCAACAGCUGAAAGAAAGCAACCGGGAGGCUGAGCAGGAGCGCAAAAAGCUCAUGGGCCCCUCCUAUCGGACGUGUGACGAGGAGGAGGAUGAGACAGAAGGUGAACUGGAGCUUGAGGAAGAGUGCAGUGGAGCGGAGGCGGGAAAGCAGCCAGUUUAUAAAUACUCUAAGACUGCAGUGCAGUCCAGUGGGGGAGUGAUCUGUACCCUGCACAGCUCAAGUUCACUCCUCAAAGCACCCCACCGGACCCCAGGCUACAGCCCCAAAGACAACCGCUGGAAAAAUGUCAGUGCUGUCUUUACUGGUCAGAAAGAUCUCAGAGGCCAUUGUGUAUAAGAAAUUUAAACAAGGGACUUGCAAUGUGGAAGCGAGAGAAGCUGCAAGGCAGCGUCUAUUCUAAUUUUCAUACUACUUUUGGAAAGAAAAAGGCUUUGUGUUUUAAUAAGCCAUUCUUUGCUUUAUGUUUUCGUCACUGUCACCUGGAACCAUUUUUGAUUCGAGAGGCCAGAGCACAGUGAACAUCCUUUGUUGCUUCUGUUUAUGUAAUUUUUCUUUAAUUAUGUACAGAAGGACCUGAAAUGUAACAAUUAUUCAGGAGGCAAAAGAAGCUCUCUGCAGUUUUUGUUUAUGGAGUUGUAUCAUUUAAGAAAUGAUGAAUCAUUGAAAAAAAACACUAUAAAGAUUUGUUUUUGUUUACAGAUAUGAUUUCGUAUAACUGUCAGCGGGCUCCUGUUCAGUGUCUGGGGGGUGUUAUUAAAGGAAGGGUUUGGGGGAAGUGGACUGUUGUAGCCACACUAAGAGAGGAAACCCUCCCUUUGCUGUGUCUCUUUCCAGCUUUGCCAGCCUUACUAAAACACUUGGCCUGGAGGGGAGAGGGGGACAGAAACCCCAGUGCCUACUAUGUGGCCUUCCAUUUUUUUUUUUUUUUUA